UCUUUUUUUUCUCUUUUUACGAAAGAUCAUAAACGAUCGGCGAUCAUCGUCAUCAUCGUUAUCAUCGUUAUCGUCAUCAUGAAAAAUUAUCUCCUUCUCUUUGGAAUUUUCCUAUUGAUCGAUCGUCCGAUCGACGCCCUAAACAUCGAUCCAUCCGUGCCAUGUCAAAGAGACAUCGAUUGUUCGCUAUUUUCGAAAGAUCAGAAGAAUUCGACGUGUCGGCAAGGAUUCUGCGCUUGCGAGAACGAGCAAGGACAAAUGAAAAAUUGUUCCAGGUUACAACUAGCAGCAGCUUCUCAACAGGAGAAACCAGCCGUAUCGCCGAUUUAUCACACGUGCAAGCACGAAGUAGAUUGCAAGUUGAACAAUAGCUUUUGCAAUACGAGUCGAAGUCAGUGCGAAUGCGUUAAAGGUUACGUGUCCUCGGCGGAUCAGCAGCAAUGCCUUCAAGUGGCCAAGUCCUUGAAUUUUGUCUGCACGGAGGAUAAGCAGUGUUUGAUCUUUCAAGCGAACACGACCUGCCGACGAGAACGAUGCGUUUGCGUCGAUGGCUAUCACGCGGUGAACGACGUUUGCUGGAAAACGAUCGUUUUCGGCGAUACGUGCUCGAAAUCGGAGGAAUGCUAUCGCAUAAAAGGAGCCAUUUGUACGGAUAAGAAGACUUGUGGAUGCAAGGAGAAAGCCGCGAUCGAUAAAACGGGAAAACAUUGCGUUCCUUACGUUGACACCAUCGACGAAUAUUGCACGGAGAACGACACGUGUUCUACGAUCCCCGGUUCGAUCUGCCUCGAGAAUAAAUGUCAAUGUCCGAAGGAAAAGCAUUUCGUGAAGGAACUCGCGCAAUGCAUCGUUAGCAGAGGCAUCGGCGAGCCUUGCCAGCACGAUUACGAUUGUUACCAGAUCGAAGAUUAUACGGAUUCGGAGAGAAAAGGGUUUGUAUGCGUUGGCAGCUUGUGCGACUGCGCGGUAGAUUAUUUUAUAAACGGAGACAAAUGCAUUAGCGCAGGUAAGAAGAAACGAGGAUUAACGAAGGAAGGAAAAAAAAAAAAAAAAAAACAAAAAAACAAAAAAAAGAAGAGAUCUAUCCGGGAUCAUAGGGAGAAAGAAGAAACGAGGAUGAGGAGGUGCGAGGGUGGAACGAGGAAGAAACGGUGGUGCUCACCACUGCCGAUUCGAGCGCCGGGACUUGCUGCCGCUCUGCCGGUAGUCUUUCUAUGUUUCUUCGCGCGAACAUCAGUCGUCCUCGCGCACGGACAGCAUCAACAUCUUUUGCAAAGACCGUUCUCGAUCGCUCGAUCGCAUUCAUUCGUAUCUUCGAUCGAUCGGCCUUCGGAGAACGUCGAAGAAGAAAGAAAAAAGAGAGAGAGAGAGAGAGAGAGAGAGAGACGGAUAGAGAACGUCCUCUUCACCGUGCGAUUCGGAUGUGCGAUCGUGAAAGAGGUGGAGCUGUCGAAGCAACAGGAGGGGGAGGACGGUGCCGAUGGAACGUUCGAAAAAGGACGAAGACGAGGAGGAGGCAUUCGUAACGUCUCGAGGAUGGUGAUCGGUCUCUCGAGGAUCCUCGUCCUCGUGCCCGUCACCGUCUGCGCUACCAUUUCCUUACCCUCGGAGGAUUACCCGAGAUGCAACGAUCGCAGAUCGCCACCUCAGACCCUAGCGGCAUGUCGUUACGACUCGGACUGCAUGGAAAACGCUUACUGCUGGAAUCAGGAGGCUUGCUACUGCAAAGACGGCUACGUCGUUUACAGAAAUCGCAGCGACUUCCACUGCUUGAAAGUGGCCGACAACAUCGAGGACCCGUGCGUGGCCAACGUACAGUGUCACUUGACCUUUACCCUCCACUCGGAGUGUCGUAACCACGUUUGUCAGUGCUCCUCCACGGCGCAUUUCGUAAACGGAAGGUGUUACGAAUCCAUCGGGCUGGGUAGAAUAUGCCAAACGAACAAUAAUUGUUACGUCAAGGACAGUUACUGCGUGGAGGGUUACUGCGUUUGCGAUCAUAGUCAACAUUCGAAUCCCGAGAGAACGAAAUGCAUAAAGAACGCUUAUUUAGGCGACAAGUGCGAACAGGAUUACGAGUGCGUGUCGAAGAGCACGAGAUGCAUGGAGGUCUGCAGGUGUAAAGUCGAUUACGUACUUUCGGAGGAUGGUACGAGAUGUUUGAAAGCAGCCAACUCCGUGGGCGAAGAUUGCCAAGAGAACCCGCAGUGUCAGGAAUUCUUACAGAAUAGCGUCUGUCAGAAUAACGUUUGUACCUGUAUAGAGGAUUAUCAUCGUCGCGGACCUGUUUGCGUCAGGGACGUCGGUUUGGGUCAACGUUGCGUCUCCCAUAACGAGUGUGUGACACGAACGUACAAGCAUUCCAAUUCGAGCGAACUGAUGAACGUCGAUUGUUCGAACGAUCGCUGUACUUGUGCCAAGGAUUACAUAAUGUCGCAAGAAUUGGACGAUUGUAUUCGAUACAGUGAAAGCGGUGCCACCAGUUGGCGAGCUUGUGGAAUCUUCUCACUGACGAUACUCGCAAACGCGUCUCUUUGGAUGUUGCGAAGGAUUACGGAAUCGUAAAGUACCACGUGGUAGAGCCACUGCGAAGCACCUUUUAUCCAUCUCAUAGAUUUUUAUUUUUAGUUUUAUUAUCUUUCUAUUUAUUUCAAUUUUAUCCGGUGAAUCGUGUAAAUAAGAAAGGGACUUGCGAUAGGCAUACAUGCGACCAAAGACAACGGGCGGACAACGGUAUACGUAUACAUAUCACGUCGACAAAGUUCAAGUAUUUAUUUUCAGGGUUCAAAUAUGUAAAAUUCUAUUCUUAUUAUUAGUCGUACCUGGGAGUAGGUAUCGAAUGUGAAAAUAAGAGCGAAGGGGAGAGAGAGAGAGAGAGAGAGAGAGAGGGAAAGGUCUCCUGUAUCAUUCCCAAGCGAUAUUUAUUCAUUAAGAGAUAGAAAUAAAAGAAAGUUAUUAUAACGUAUCGCAUUAUGAUAACUUAUAAUAACGCAUAUUAAUAAAACCGAGUUAAUUCGUUGGGAA